UGUGAGUAAACAUUUUGACAGAUAUCCAGUAAAAUUUUGACCUUUAUUUUGUAAAUAAACGCCGCGGAAUUUCGGGAUUAAAUAUGGAAAAUACCGCUAUUUUCUCCGGUAAAAUGCGGAAUAAUGUAGUUGUGCAACUGAAAAAUCUUAGUGAAUGUGCAGUUUUUAUGAUAAAAGUGAUUCUAACCUAUAAAUUGGUCAUUUGAUGAAAUCAUUGUUUUUCGCAAUAUUUGAAGUGAUUUUGGUGUGUUUUUCUAAUUUUAUAUCAGGUGUAAUUAAGAUCUGAACGUGUUUUAAGUGUUUGUGAUAUGAAUUGACUACGAGAAGCCGUAUUUAUCUGCGAGUUGGUCGUAAGAGGAGUUAUCUUUGGAAUUUCUUCGUGGAGCUUGGUGCAAAUCUUACACGUUGCAAGAUAUGUUCGAAGAAGUUGAGCAAGAAUAUGGCAAGACAUCUCCGGCUGAAACAUCCGAAGGUCUAUCGUCAAAUGCAUCAGCAUUUAGAAACAAAAAAAUAUAGUACCAUUUCCAAAAUAUCAACAAGCUGGGUAAAAGGAAGCUGGGCAAGAAGGUAUUGUCAUAGAGUGGGCGAGAAAAAAUAUCAAUGCAAUGUCUGUAGCGCAGUGCUCAGAUUCCCAAAAGGACUUUACGGUAACAUGAAAAGGCAUAUUAGAACCAAACACCCUUAUGUAUAUGAGAAAGAAGUUAAUCAACAAAGAAGUUAUGUGGAUGUUAGUACUGGUGAUGAUGAGAACAUAGUAGCAGAGUAUUUGAGUGACUAUGAAGUUGAGAGCAAAGAUGAAGAGAGCCCGGAGAAAGAGAACAGUAAUGACGAAAGAGGUUCCGAGUCGGAUCCGGAGUCUACAGAAGGGAAGCCAUUCUUAUAUGAUUCUGAUCCUGAGUUAGAGACUAAAGUCAAAUAUCUUGUUUCGAAAAGAGAAAUCCCUGGCAGAAAGAGAGCCCGAAAUUGUUUUUGGAAUUUCUUCAAUGUCGUCGUAGAGAACCAUCGCUAUGCUUGUUUGGCAUGCAAUAGAAGAGUGGCAAUAUUCCCACACAGCAUUGCGAAUCUCAAGCGACAUAUUAAAAAUAAACACAAGAGGCAGUAUAAUAUUAUUAUGAAGUACUUGGCUGAGAACGAUGGUGACAGUGACAAAGAGACCCCGAUCAGCUUCGACAAAUACUACUUUGAUUCUGAAGGAGACGAUUACAAAUGCAAGGAGUGUGGCACUGUCAUCAAUUGUUCUGACGAAGAGCAGCAAGCUCUCUUCGACCAUAUCAAGGACACCCAUCCCGAUCAGAUCCUAGCUUACCAGGAGGAAAAUGUUGAGAACAUUGAAAAUGAAGAAAACUCUCAAAGCGUUGCGUAUAAUGUUGUAAUUAUUAAGAAAGAAUAAAACCUUCUUUUAUGAAGUGUUGCGCUUUGUGGUUUCGCUGGAUCCGAUUAUUAUUAUGACGUUCUAUGUCAUUUGAUUGAUCAUUUAGACUUGAUGUUAAAAUAAAAACGUGUAGCAGUGUAUUUACCCGUACCCUUUGUAACACCUCGUUUCACACAUACGCUACACAUUGACGUCAUCGUACACGCGCUUCUGUGUGUGUGACCUCUGAUGCUCAUGCGAUGAAGACUAAAGAUCGAGGGGGGGGGGGGACCUAGCUCAGCCGCUGGUUGGGUGCGGAGAGUUGCCGUUAGUCGUAGUAUUAUUCCUUAUUCUAUGUUUAAGCUACGCUUUGUGAAUUGGUUUAAACCAAUUUAAUCAUUUAUAAGUACCGUUUGAUCUUUACAAUAAGUCCUAAUAUUAGGGAAUAUGUUCUAAUUAUAGCAAUAAUAAUUAUCAAGUAACGGUUUUAUGUCAGUCGUAUGUAACAAGUAUGAAACGUUUAUUCGAAUAAGUUUUAAUUAUAUUAGAAUGCACCUACAUGCAUAUUAUGUAGUUGUUUAAAUAACACGGUGUACCUAUAAUAAUUUUUCGCGUGAAAUAUAGUUAUUUAGUAAAA